AAUAUAUUGACUUUUGAGUCAAGAAAUAAGAGUAUUGCAACAGUAUUGAUUUCUCUUGAAUUUUUUCGUCUUUUGUCGUAUUAAAACCCAAACUUCAUUUUAGUCCGAUUUUUUUGUUUGUUUGUUUUUGUGGUAGAUUAACCUUAAGUAGAACUUAAUGGUGAAGUGGGAGGAAAAUACCACAAAACUUGCCAUAGUUUCUGAAUUGGAUUCAGGCCUGGACUUUACUGGCUUAUUCUAACACAUAAACAUGCUUUAAUAUAAAUGUAUAAUUGUAGCUCUGGCUGUAUGUGAAGUGUUGCUGUCCAGCUGUUUGGGAGACAUCCAUCCCUCAAAUCUUUUGGCCUGUGUAUUUAGUUGGCUCCAUCCAUCUUGCCUUGACCAGCAGAAGAGUAGCAUCCCCACAGCAUGAUGCUUCCACCACCAGGUUUCACUGGUGCUGUGUUUCAUUGGAAACACGACACCGGUCUAACCAGUUCAGUUGCUUUAUGAACAAGCCUGGAAAUGUUUGAUGGAGUUUUUGUGAUCGUUUCUCAAUCCUACACCACUAGGGUUUUAUGAUUAAACCAAUGAAGUGAUGGUACUGGAAAUACUGUAAGACUUUUUUUUGUUAAUUAUACAUUUGAGUGUUAGAGACUUAUUAAAGUUACUCUUGAUCUUUAAUUCUUUAUGUCUUUGGGGAUUGUUUCAGUCAUUUUGCUGGUAGCCCCAUUGCCUUGCAUCAAGAAAGUGUUUGUUUUCUGCCACACUUGGCCAAAAGGAUCAAAUGUAGCUUUUGAAGGACUAUCGUCUGCACUCGGUAUUCAUGUAGACAGAUUUUACUUUCAAACCAGCUAUGAGAAGUGAAUAUUGGCUGCACUUUAAGCAAAGGCAAAUCAUCUUAACCGCAGACAGGUUUGUCAUAACUUUCCUAAAUUGAAUAAAGCGAAUAUUAAAGGCUUUGGUGAAGCAUUGUUUCAGGACAAAUGCGUAACAAGUCCAAUCAAAACAGGCCCUGCAGACCUGGACAUGUUUAUAUUCAUAACUGAGUGAUGACACAACUAGUUGUGAAGGAAAUUCCUCAGACUAUAGCAUACGCUGAACAAGUUGCCAAAAUACUUAUAUUAACAAAGGUUAAAAUACAAAGAACUGCAUAUUUUGGAGGAAAAUCUAUUCAUAUGGGGGAAAAAAACAUUUCAGCCUUUAAUUUGUUACAUCCUCUGACCCUAGUGCGCUGACUAAAACGCUUCUACUGGAACAGAAAACACAAAUAUUUAGAUACCUCGUCUAAUAUCUUUGUUGCUCAUAGGAAAAAAAAAAGAAAGAGUCAAUUGAGUCAGAGAUUAGUGCUGUGGAAACUGUUUGCGCAAAUUGAAGCCCCCACAAAAACUCCGGAGGUGACACGUACCGAGAAUGGUCAAAACUUGAGUAAGACAUCGAGGCCAGACUGAGCCUAAACAUCACUCCCACCCCCCUCCACCCAUCCAUACAUGGCUCCUAAACCCCCAGAUAACCUUCCUCUGUCCCUGUGUCACACAUCCUGCAUCACACUAGCCGCCCCCAACUUCCCAACAGCUCUUCGAAUCCCACCACAAACCUUUGAAUGCUGCUUCCCCUUCUCGGUUCCCCAAAGGAUUCUGUGGAAAUGCCAGAGUGACAUGCUGUUGCUGUGGGCACCAGAGCAUGGAUCUGUCACUUUCCGGUGGGAGGCCACAACAGCGGCAGUGCCGGCUGCGUUCUGGGUGGCUGCUAAUUGUCUCCUGCUGGCUGAACUCCUUCACCUGCAGUCACUCUGACAAACCCGUCUGGUUCUGAUUGCAUCAAGGAGCCGAUGCAGUGCCUCGCAAAAAUAUUUACGCGCCUAUUAAAACGUUUUAAAACCGCAAACUUCAAAAGCACUUCAUUGGGGAUUUUAUGUGACAGAUCAGCAGAAAGCAACCCAGAAAAGUGCCAGAAAAAUGAGACACGAUGCUUAUCAGAAUGUGGUUCAAAUAAAAAUGAAUUUGUGCUCAACCCACUUUACUUUGAUAAUACAAACAAAAAAUAAAUCAAGUAGUUGUAGAGAGAGUCCACUUGUGUGUAAUUUAAUCUCUGAUUAAAUACAGCUUUUCUCUGAAGGUCUGAAGUUUGUUAGAGAACAUUGGAAAGCAAACAUCAUCUUGAAGAGCAAGGAACACAACAGAAAGGUCAGGGAUAAAGUUUUGGGGAUGUUUAGAAGGGUUUGGCUAUAAAAAAGAAACCUUUGAACAUCUAAAGGGCACCGAUUAGUCCAUCAUCUGGAAAAUAUAAAGGGCAAAAUGACAACUGCAAACAAAGAGUGUGUUAAUAAGCGAAUAAUAAGUUCUGCAGCCAUGGUAGCACUGGAGGAGCUGCAGUGAGACACAGCUCUGGUAGAGAAUCUGUUUACAUGUGAACUCUGCAAAUCUAGUAUUCUUUGUAAAAGUAUGAGGAGGAAAGUUCUUGUUCAAAGAAAUCCAAAAGUAUGUGAAAACAAGAUGCCCCGGUCACAUGAGACCAAAAUGAAACCUUCUGGCCAGCGUACACGACACCGUUUGUGUGAAAAAGAGACAUUUUACAGACAUUUAACAAUUUCCCAGUGGGCCAACAUAGCAGCAUCAUGCAGUGGGAAUGUUUCUUCAGCUGUGAAAGAGAAGCUAGUUAGAUGGCAAGCUGGAAAUUCAGGGCACACUUUUGUUUGUAGCAAGAAAUAACUGAAAGCCUGUGUUUUUGCUGUACACUUAUGCACUAGUUGGAGGUGCAGUAUGACUUCAGUUUGUUCUGACCAGUUCAGGAGAGCAACAAAACAGGAAUUUAAAGUGUUAAAUAAGCAAAUGCUGUUUUUCCACUUAAGUUUUUUUUUUUUUUUUUUGCUGGCAGGUUCUUACAGGUCCACACUGGCAAACAGGAUGUUCACCUGUCCUACCUGUCACUUCAUAGGAUUAUCUCCUACAAUCUGCCAAUCACUACAGAGUGAAAACAGAAAACGGGCUGAAGUAGAGCUCCCAAAACCUGUUUUGGAUUACUAUUUCAACAACAUGAUUCAGAAUCUGCCAUUCGCCCUGGACUUAAUCAGCUUCCGAUAUGUGAGGAAACCAAAGCCAAAGAGCCAGACGAAAACAACAAAGAAGAUGAUUUGUGAGAGUGUGAGGAGUGGAAGUGGACCCCCCACCCCCGUCCGUCCUGUGGAUCCUGUGUGGGACGGGAACGCACGACAGGAGAGUGCGUGAUGCCGCACCAACAGACGUCAGUGUGAGACUCUGAAGAGGCCCUGCUGGGAGGUGUGAUGGCUGCUGCUGAAUGGGUCUCUGAGCCUUCAGGCAAAGUCAUGGUGGUUAAAACAGAGAAGCAGGAUUGCAGGGACAACAACCAUCAGAGACAAAUCAUCCUGCAGCUAAAUGGGAAAGAAGAUUGCGCUGAGGGGCUAAAUGGCGACAGUGCUGGUACUGCCACCACAGUUUUAGCGAUAGAGACACAUCAAAGUGACUGUAAAGCCGAUGAAACAGAGAUAGAGUACGGCUACCCCAUCACUUGUGGAGACAGCACAGCAGUGCUGCUGUUUAAGAAGUUUGUCUGUCCUGGAAUCAAUGUACGAUGUGUUAAGUUCAAUGACCAGCUCAUUAGUCCCAAGCAGUUUGUACACUUGGCAGGAAAAGCCACUCUGAAGGAUUGGAAAAGAGCCAUCAGAGUGGGAGGAGUUAUGCUCAGGAAAAUGAUGGACUCUGGCCAGAUAGAUUUCUACCAGCAUGAGUCAGUGUGCAGCAACACCUGCCGCAGCACCAAGCUCGAUGUGCUGAUGAACAGCACCCGGCCUCCUCCAGGGGCCUUGGUGCAACCAAGCCUGUCUUGUUUGGCUCUCGAGCCUGAUGGGGGACAGCUGGCUACAGUGACAGGGGAAGCUGGCGAUGCAGUGGAGUUGGAGGAGUCUUUGGAGGAAAUGAUUGGACCGGCAUCAGAGCAGAGUUCAACACCACUUGUAAACUCCACAAUCAACAGACAUCCUGCCAACAUGAAGAGAGCUGAUUCACUUGGUGGAGUGAUGAGACUUUGGAGGGGUGUAGCGGAGUCUGGCCUGAUGGUGGAUGUUCUGUCUGGUCUCCAUGCUAAACUUGUGAACACCCUUCAAGGUGUCGAGCUUCGCAGCGAGAACGGCAGCCUGCAGGAGACAGAUGCUCAUAUACUGAAUUCUCUGUGUGAGAUGUUUGGACUUUUGGACUCAGUGAAACAAGCCCUGGACCUUAGGUGCACUCAGAACCAAGAGAGUAAAAUCCAUCACGUGCUGGAUGAGAUCUCGGAGGAACACAGGAAGCAGAGCUGCAAUCAAAGAAAAUCUUACAAGACCUCAUCCUUGAAACACCUCCGACCUCACCGUCAGAGCCAGCAGAAAAGCUGUUUGCACAACUUGCUGCUGAAUGAAAGGACAAACACAGUGAUCCGUCCGCUUUCUUUCACUGGUUUAUCUGCUGCAUCUCAUGCUCAGGUCUUCAGCCAUUUCUCUGCCCCCGCUGGCUGGAGUCACCUUGUUGGAGCCGGCAGGACAGACGGAGUGGGCCAAGGUGGCAACAAGAAAAAAGAUACCUCAGGAAAGAACAAAGAGAUGAAACAGAAGACGGUACUUCUUCCUGGAGAUGGUCCGAUUGGAUGUGAUGAGGCUGGGAAGACAAAAAGCUCACAUGGCACCGAGAACGUUAAGUAGAUUUCUGUGGCUCAAACUGAGAGGAAAAUGUAAGAGAUUAAAUGAAAACCCACAGGGGAGACUCCACAUCCACUAAUAUGUUGUGGAACAAACCUUCCUGACUGUGAGGUAUCCCAAGUCUAUUGGAUUGGGUUUUUAGAAACAUCAGAUGUAUGGUAGAUAUAUAAAUUAGAUCCAGAUGAAGGAUACAUUUCCAGCAGAAUUUCCUGAAGAACAAUGUCUUAUUAAUGGUUACAUUAUGGUGGCUGACUGGUAUAUAAAUGGGUUUUUUGGUGUAAUAACUACAGAAACAGAGGUACAGACACACACCAGACAAAUUGUGAUGUUUACAAUAAGCGUUGGUUUUAGGCACUUUAUAAGAAAAAUUCAAUCAAAGAAAAAAAUAUUAACCACUUUAUUGACUGCCUGACCUGUAAUGUACAUUAAUAUAUAUAUUUUUUAUUUUUUGCUUUUAUAAUGAUAGAACACACAGUAUUCAAGGAACUUAAAAUACCAUUUUACUUUUUAAUUCUAUACCUUUUUUGUAAUCUCAGUUCACAGCAAAUUACAUCUCAAGUAACUUUACAGGGAAAUUAAGCCAUCCAAUUCAUUUCCAAUUAUCUAAAAAAAGAUAUCAAGAAUCAAAUCUAGUCAGUUCCUGAUCUACAUGCCUUCUAACUUAAUCCGAAUUAUAAUUACAGUCAAAUUCAAUUAAUCAUUUGAGACCUAUUGGUAAAAGGUUAAGGAAGGCAAGCUGAAUGCAUAAAGUAUCAGUGGAGGACAGUAGGGAGACAGACAUAGAAGCACCCAAGUACUGCAGGUCCUUGGAAAGUUCCAGCAGUACUUUCCAAGGACAGAAAUACAAACGGAGAACACAAGGUUAACAGCAGCAAUAGCUCACUCUCUGAUUUUGUCCAUGUAAAUCCACCAAAUUACUGAGCUCGGUGUAUCUUCUGUUGGAAGAAUAACACAGACAAGACACAAAAUUAAAUACAGCAGAAACGUCUUUAAUAUUUUUGUCCUGGUCUGGGACAUGUUCUCAAAACAAAAGCAGAAACUCAGGGGUAGCUUCUAGAAAAGGAAGAUAAAAAGGAGAGAAAAUAAAAAUGUUAAAUUUAUGGAUAUUAAACAACGAAUGAAUUAAUUAAUUUACUCUAUUAAUCCCACUGGAUGUUCAUUGUUAUGAAUUUUGUUAAGAUGUGUGUGCUUGUUGAGUGAGUAUAUUAUUUCCCUUUUUACUAGAAAAGGUUAACUGAAGCACUAAAGCUGCUAAAAUAAGAACCUGUCUCUUGUAAUGCUAACACUGUUCUCUAUUCUUACCUCAUAAAUCAAAUAUUGGCAUUCGAGACAGAACACUGUGCAAAUGUUCUCAAACUUCAGGGCAAAUGGUUUUAUUUUAGAGGACAUCUCAAACUCUUU